AUGGGGGCAAAGAGGGCCGCGGCUAAGCCAAAGAGCCGGGCGAUGAAGGCCGUUGCAAAGCCCAAGAAGCAGGCGAUGAAGAAGGAAAACAAGAGGACGAAAGCCGUGGCAGGUGAUGAUGACAGCAAGAAGGAGAAGGAGGUUAAGAAGAUCCUCAAGAUCCCUUUUGCAAGGGUCUACCCAGCCUACAUCGCCAAGGUGGGAAAGCGGGGUUAUGCCAUGGCGGAGGUCGACCAGAUCAUCAAGUGGCUCACCGGGUACUCGCAGCUGAAGAUCCACUGCCAUGUGACCCGAAGAUCGGACAUGGAGACCUUCUUCAAGGAGGCAACGAAGAUGAACCCCAACCGACGCCUCAUCACUGGCACCGUGUGCGGGGUGCGGGUGGAGGAAGUCGAGAACAAGACCGUCCGCGACAUCCGGUACAUGGACAAGCUCAUCGACGAGCUCGCGCAGGGGAAGCCUAUGGAGCAAGUCCUCCGAAAGCCCUGA